AUGACAACAAAUGAUGAUAAAUCUGAUAUACCAACACAAUUAAGUAGUCCGGAGAUUAGCAAAAAUGAUACAGAAACAGAAGAUCGAAUUAUUAGAAAAAGAAAUAGACCAAGUUUAGUUUGUUUCCCAUGUCGAAAGAAAAAAAUUAAAUGUGAUAGAAGUAAACCUUGUAAUAAUUGUAUUAAAAAUGGUAUAAUUGAUGAAUGUACUUAUGAUGAAAGAUUAAAUAAUCCCAAGAAAUCAAGAAAGUCAAAAGGUUCUGAAAAGAAAGUUAAAACUGAAGAAAGACCAAGUUUAUCACCACCGAAAUCUAAAAAUUCAGUUCAAUCACCUCAAGCUAAUGACGUUUGUGUGAUACUACAAAAAUCAGAUUUGGAUGCAUUACAAGCUAAAAUUAAAAAAUAUGAAUCAAUGUUAAAUGAUAAAAUACCGAAAAAUCAUAUAAUUAUAAAUCAAAAGAAAAAAAUUGAAAAUAAAAAUGAAGAUGUUGUAUUUAAUAAUAGUGUAGAUACUUAUAGAAAUGUUAUUUUUACAACUCAUGAAGAAUCAAGACCGGGUUAUAUUCCAUUUGAAAAUAUUACAUCAGAAAGAAAUUUCAUGUAUGAUCCAAACUUAUCAGUUACAAAUCAAAUACUACUAUCAGAACUACCCAAAAGAGAAAAUUUUUUGAUUGGAAUAAAUCCAUAUAAUGAUCCUGAUGAUUCUAUUAAAUCUUAUUCACAAACUUAUAGAAGUAAUGAUUUAACCAGAAACAGGAAUUUAUAUCCAUUAUCUUGGUCAUAUUCAGUACGAAAUUCUCCAUCUUAUAAAGCAUUGAGAAAUUUUGCGUUAAGAGAAAAACAUCAAAUGAAUAAUUUCAAAGUUGGAAUAACGUAUGAAAGGUUGAAAAAAUUAAUGGUACCAAAAGAUGAUAAAAUUAAAAGUACUUUAAAUCUAGAUGAUAAAAUUGUUUCAUCAUUUCAAGAAAAAACUCAAACUGAAGAAAAUGAAAAAAUAAGUGGUAUUAGCAUUGAUCCAAUGUAUCAUAAGACAAUAAAUAUGUCAACAUACUCACUAGGAUUAAGCGUAUUGGGUGGUGCAAAAGAUAGAGAAUGUACAUUAAUAGAACAAAUAAAAUUGGUGAUGCCACAAAAAAGGGUCAUUUGGUUAUUAAUAAAAAGAUUUUUUACUAUGCUAUAUCCUUUCAUGCCAUUUUUGAUAGAAGGUGAUUUCAGAAAAUCAAUAGAGAAUAUAAUUGGACCAGAAUCAUAUGAGCAAAAAAUACCUCAUGUUAAAUUUGAAAAUAAAGUAGAUUUCAGUCAUAUUGGAAUCUUGUUAGCAAUUAUAAGACUUAGUUAUUUGUCAUUGUUUCAUAAUAAAGGAUCAUAUAAUGAAAGAAUUUUGACUAAAUCUAAUCCAACAUAUGAAGAAGAUGAGAAAAAAUAUUUAUUAUUAAAUCCAGUACCAGUUGCUUCCAUAUGUGUAGCUCAAGCUUGUUUGUUUCAUUUAGAAAAAUUAUGUACAGUUAGUUUACCAAUAUUACAAUGUGCCACCUACAUAAGAAUGUACAAGAUUUAUGCACCAGAAGAAGGUGAUGGACUUGAAGGUGGUAAUAGUCAAAUUCAAAAUAGUACAUUAAUCUCAAUGAGUUAUAUGUUAGGAUUAAAUCGUGAACCAGAUAAAACACCUGAUUUCAAAGAUGAGAAAUUAAAAAAUUUAUAUAGAAAAAUUUGGUAUUUUGUAUUACUGAUGGAUUAUCUUCAAGCAUAUACUUAUGGAUGUCCUGCACUGAUUAGAUUGGAUUCUUAUGAUACAAAACGACCAUAUUUAAGUGAUGAAAAUUCAAAUUUAAUAGAUAAAGAACAAGAUAAAACAUCAUAUUCAUUAUAUGCUUUUAUCAGUGCUUUAGUUAAAGGACCUAUUUUAGAAAUAGUUGAUUUAUAUUCAAAAGUUUCCUCAAAAAUUAAACUAUAUGAAUUGACUACUCAUUUAAAUUGUUUGGAACUUGGUGUUAGGAAAAUAUUUGGCAAGACUGGAGAUUAUAUUUACCCAUUAGAAGAAACAAAUAGUAGUUAUCACACAAACAAAUUAAUGAAAGCUUCAAUUUUACUCAAGAUGUACUCAUUUUUAAUGUUGAAUUAUUGCUUCUUAUUCCAUUAUUAUGAUAGUAUCAACAAUAAAUUAUGCUUUUUUUAUUUAAAAAAACUAUUGGCAAUUGGAAUGAAUGAGGUUUUACCAAGUAUAUUUGCAUUGAUUGUAAGAGCACAUGAAUUAUUUGGAGAAGCUGCAGAUUUAUAUAUGAAUCCUACAAUCAUACAACUUAUAACAAGAAUAACAGAUAUUUGUUUAAUUGGAAUAAUGAGGAGUAAUUUUGCAUUAUUCAAAAUGCUGAAUGAUCCAGAACACAAAAAUCUUAUAAAAAAUGAUAUAAAUUAUAAAAAGAAAUUUGAUUCAACUAAUAGAUAUAUCACAAUGAUGGAAAAAGCAUGUAGAGUUUGUUUAACUGCUGUUUCAAUAUUAAGUAAUAGAUAUUACUUUGCAUGGGAAGUUACAAGAAGUCAAAACUACUACUUAAAGUUGGUAACAAGUCAUGAAUUUUAUAAAGAAAAUAGUUCAAAAUCUUCAGAGUUUUCAUUUUCUAGUUCAAUUAUUGAACAUAUGAGUGAAUUAUCAGAUGUUGUUGAAUCUGGAUUAGAUGAAUUACAAGUAAAAGUUGAUAAAUAUUGUCAAGAAGUUGAUAUACCUUCAUUAUUUAAAAAAUCAGAGGUUCCAAAUAAUCAUCAUUAUAAUAAACCUGAAAAUGAACAAGUUGAAAAGAAACUCAAAACAAACAACAAGAGAAGUUCAACAACAACAACAACAACAACAACAACCACAUCUCCUUCAAAUAGUAUAGCUACUCCAGGUAGUGUAGCUUCGAAUGGUCUUUAUUUUACUGGAUUUGAUGAUUUAACGUUUGAUAAUAGUCACGAAAUUGAUUCUAUUUGGUUACAAAUGUUAUCUUUCAAAAAUGAUGAUAAAGAUGGUUAUGGUAAUACUCAAAAAUCUCCACAACAGCAACAGCAACCACAACAGCAGCCAUUCAUGCAACCACCAUUGCAAAAUCCAUAUAUACAACAACAACAACAAAAUCAACAACAACAACAAAAUCAACAACAAUAUCAAAAUCUAUAUCAACAACGAUCUCAACAAUCACCACCACCACAGCAACAACAACAACGUCAACAACGUCAAUCAAUGUCAGAUAGAAGAAUAAUAGAUUCAAAUACAGCAAUCAAUCUGGCUUAUGAUUCAUUUGGAAGAUUAAAUGAUCAAAUUUCAAUUCCUAUAAAUGAAUCAAUUCAAAAUCAACAAACUAAUAAUCAAAAUCAAAAUCAAAAUCAAAGCCCAAAUCAAAAUCAAAAUCAAAAUUUCAAUCAAAAUAAUAUUAACAAUAUAAAUAAUAUAGAUACUAUAAAUGAUCAAUAUAAUGAUCCAUUAUACCAACAAGCUAAUUUAUUUAAUUAUUCAGAAUUAUUUCAAGAUUUACCAUUAGAUAAAAUCUUUAAUAUGUAA